AACCCUCCUUGUCCCCUGCUAACGCACCCCAUUGUCCCCACAGGCACUCCCGGCCACAAGUGUGGCAGCACGAAGCACCGCAUCAUCUCCCCCAAAGUGGAGCGUGGGGGCGGGGGGAGCACACCGGGGGACCCCCCCAAACCCGCCCCCUCCUCUCCUGACACCACGCAGCCCUCUCCGGGUUUGGGGGUGGGCGCAGCACCCCCCGAAGGGCCCCGAGCCCCCCCGUUCCCACCCGCAGGGGGGCUGCCGCUGUUGGUGGUGGCCAAUUUGGGUGGGGGGGCGGCACCGGGGGGACCCGAGCAGCCUCUGGGGCUGACCCCCAGCCAGCACUUGGUGACCCCCGAGGGGACCUGUCCCACCGCGCCGCCCCCCGCCGCUGCCUUCGACCCCGACUGCUUCCUCAACAGCCCCCGCCGAGGGCAGACCUACGGCUGCGAGGCUGAGGCCCCUCCCGGCGCGCCCCCCCCGCCACCAACCGCACCCCCAAAACCGGGGGGUGACGAGGAGGAGGAGGAAGAGGAGGGAAAACAGGGCACAGUCUCCCAGGACCCCCUUUGCGAACUCAGCGCUGCUCCCCCUCCCCAGCAUCCCUUCCCUCUCCCCUUCCCCGAACUGCUGGCAGGGGACACCGGGGUCCCCCCAAACUCACGAGAGCCCCCACACACUCCCCAUCUCCCCUCUUCACCCCCGGACCCCCCCAGCGAUCCCCCCGUGGCCAUCACGGAUUUCUCCCCGGAGUGGUCCUACCCUGAGGGCGGGGUGAAGGUUCUGAUCACCGGCCCGUGGGGUGACCCCGGUGUUUACUCCUGUCUGUUUGACCGCACCUCGGUUCCGGCCGCGCUGGUCCAGCCGGGCGUCCUGCGCUGCUACUGCCCCCCCCACGAGGCCGGUGUGGCCGCCCUGCGUGUGGCCUGUCCCCCCCGGCUGCUGUCGGCCGCGGCUCCGUUCGAGUACCGGGCACGGGGGGCGGCGCGGGGCCCKCCCGGGGCACAGCUGGACUGGCUGGCACUGGACGAGGCGCAGUUCCGUCUGUCCAUCCUGGAGCGCCUGGAGCAGCUGGAGGCUCGUCUGGGGGCCCUUCCCCCACCCGCACCCCUUCCCCCGCUGCGGGGGACCCCCUCUGAAACCCCCCCGGAGCAGGUGAGGGCUCCCCCUCUCCCCACUCCCCGCACCGUGUCCCCCGUGUCCCCAGGGCUGAGCACCGCCAGCAGUUUGUCGUCCCCUUCGGGGCUCUCGGARGGUCCUGGCUCUGUCCCGCUGCCCCCGAGCCUCCCCGGCCCCUCCGAGGAUGAGAACUGGGGGGUGGCAGURCCCCCCAGCUCCCCUGAGGACGCCCCACCCUCCGACACCCUGCAGGCCGAGGUGGUGACAUUGGCACGACAGAUCAUCGAGGCCACCCCUGAGCGCAUCAAGCAGGAGGCACCGGGGGGACCGCUGGGGACAUUGGGGGCGCUGGCAGCAGCMGGGGGGACCUUGGGGACACCGGGGCCAGCCGGGCCAGCGGGGUUCGGUGCCGCCAUGGCCUGGCUGGCCACGUACCUGGAGAGCGUYGACCGUCCCCCCGCGGCCCCCCAAAGGUACUCCCGGGGUUGGGGGGCUGUCCGGGGCACCCCCAAAUCGCUGGGAGGGUCAGCCCAAUCCUGCAGCACCCCGGGAUGUUUUUGGGGGUUCUCUCAUUGGGAGGGACCCCCCACAGGUACUCCCGGGGUUGGGGGGCUGUCCGGGGCACCCCCAAAUCGAUGGGAGGGUCAGCCACAUCCUGCAUUUGAGGGUGCCAUGAUAUUGGGGUCCCAGUCUGACACGCCGCUGUCCCCGCAGUUCGCCCUGUUCCAGCGGAUGACGCAGGCCGCCAUCCUGAUCCAGAGCAAGUUCCGAAGUUACGCGGAGCAGAAGCGCUUCCAGCGGCGCCGACGCGCGGCCGUGCUCAUCCAGCAGCGCUUCCGCAGCCUCCGCCAGCACCGAAGCACCUUCCUCACCCUCAAGCAGGACCAGGCAGCCCGGAAGAUCAUGAGGUUCCUGCGGCGCUGCCGCCAUCGGAUGGAGGAGCUGAAGCAGAACAAGGAGGUGGACAGUUUACAGACGCGGGGCCUGGCUUCGUGACCCCUCCCACGGGGGAUCCAGGCGUUGGGGGACCGAGGCAYGGGGGCCUCCCCUCCCUGACCCCCCCAGGCCUUUGGCAUGUCCGGGUCUCCCCGGAGGACUCGUGGGGAGGGGAAGAAGGGGGAAGAGCCACCCACGCCCC